GACAAAAAAAAUACUCCACAUUCACAAAACACGUUUAAACGAUACUUCAUUCAUACUUCUUCGCUACUCCCUUCUUUGAAAGACCAAACACGGUUUAAAAUGAAAUAAAAAAGCACGAAAUGUUAGACAGACGGUAGAUGAUACUAUCAAAUUUAUUAAAACCACGCUUAUUUCAAGGUACAGUUUUCGAGAAAAGCAUACCCAACGCUUUUCUUUUCCUUUCAUAAAAUAAAAAUUAUUUCAAUUUUCUUCUUCUAAGGAGAGAGAAAUUAUGCCUUCCAUUCUUCCACCCACACAAUUUUCCUCCUCCUUCUAGAGAGAGAAACCUCCAUUUUUGUCCCUUCUUAUCAAUUCCAUUCAAAAUCCCCAUUUUUUUGAUCUGUUCCACUAUUUUUUCUGUUUUCAAAACAUGAGAAGAGGAAGAUUAAUGACGAAAACAACAGACCCAUUUCAAAACGGAUCUACACAGAUGGAUCCAUCAAAUAAUAUUAAAUACCGGGGAGUUCGUAAACGUCCAUGGGGUAGAUUCGCAGCGGAGAUCCGUGACCCGAGAAAAAAAACCCGGGUUUGGUUGGGUACAUUUGAUUCCGCUGAAGAUGCUGCUCGGGCUUAUGAUAAAGCCGCACGGCAAUUUCGUGGUCUUAAAGCUAAAACUAAUUUUCCUCUUUCUCCUCCACCGUUUUAUAGAAACGACGCCGUUUUAAUUGACGAUGAUGAUCAUCAUGAUGUUGAGAUGAUCCAACGGCCAGCAUCGAGUGGGAUGAGUUCCACGGUGGAAUCGUAUAACGCGUCACAGGUGAUUAGAAUUAGUCAAAAUACGACGCCAGUGAAGGUUAGAGUUGAAGAAGAUUGUAGAAGUGAUUGUGAUUCUUCUUCCUCUGUUAUCGAUGAAAUCAACGGUGAGGAUUGUGAUGAUAUUGGUUGUUCAUCUGUUGCCGUUGGAUUGGUUGUUGGUCAGAAGCAAGCUUUACCGUUUGAUCUGAAUCUUCCACCUAUUGACGGUGGUGAUGGGGGUCUGUUUUUUGGGUUUGAUGAUGAUUAUCAAGCGACGGCACUUUGUCUUUAACGGUAAAAAAUAAUGAUUUGAUAAUGAUGAUAAAUUUGAGAAAGAAUCAACAAAAAAAGGGAAAAAAAAAAUGGAAGAUUCUUUCUUAAUUCUCAAGAGUUUAUUUUAUGUUCUUUGAAAUUUUAUGAUGAAGAACAGAAAAAAAGAAAAAAAAAAUGGCUAUGAAAAAUUAGAUAUAAUAUGAUGUUAUAUCAUGAGUAACAAUUUCUAGUUUAUGUUCAUUUUUUAAGAAAAUUUUCCCCUUUUGAUUUUGGGAAAAACUUGAGAUGAUAUGAGAUCUGGGUUUCAUGAGUUGAAGGAAAAAGAUGAGAAAUUGGAAAGAAGUUGAUGAUUAUUAUGUAUGGAGGGGGAUUAAUGGUGGGUUAGAUAUGUAAUAAUAUUAGAAAAUGAUGAUUAUGAAGGGGUUAAUAUUAGGUUUGGUUUAGAGAUCAAUGCUAAUCACCCCAUUUUACCACAAUAUUAUAUAUUAAUUUAUCCCUUGUUGUUGAUGACUUGUAUUUGCAAAGAAAAAAGGGAAAAUUUCUAUGAGGAAUGAGUGAAACUUAAAAGAAAAAGAGGGUUUCUUGGUUA